GCACUGCGCAUAACAUUUGCGUGGCUCGCAGCUGCAGGUGAAAAAAAACCCGCUCAAACCGAAGAAAGAGGAUCGAACUCUUUAACUGGACUUGCUUCUUUAUCUCUUAUAAAUUGUAAUUUGUGACAUGGCAAUAUUCUAGAAUUUACAAUAAUAUAUUAGUGGAGGGAGAAAAUGUCAAUUAAAUUCAUUACAGCAGUCUAAUGAGGCUACCUUCGUGGCAUAAGCUGUAUGAUGUCCCACAGGAGAAGUGGCACCCAUGAAGAUGACCGGUUAGAAUACCUCCAGGCCCUGGUCACAGAAUUCCAGGACACUGACAGCCAAGAUGCUAAAGAGCAAGUGCUGGCAAACUUGGCAAACUUCUCAUAUGAUCCCAGUAACUAUGUCUAUCUGCGACAACUGCAGGUCGUUGACCUUUUCCUGGACAUGCUAACGGAAGAGAAUGAAAACUUUGUAGAGUUUGGAAUAGGAGGAGUAUGCAACCUGUGUCUUGACAAAACCAACAAGGAGUAUAUUCUGCAGAACGGUGGACUGAAGUUGGUAAUUUCAUGCCUGUCAAGUCCCAAUGAGGAAACUGUGCUGUCUGCCGUCACAACACUGAUGUAUCUGAUGACGCCUGACUCGCGCCAGGACAUUACUGCUCCGCCAGUAGUGGAGUGCAUGCUGCGCUUCUCCUUGUCUGCCAACAAGAGGCUCAGCAAUCUGGCUGGAGUUUUCCUUCAAGAUUACUGCAGCCCAGAGCAAGUGGAGAGCGCUAGAAGCCUACAGCAGCAUUCAGCACUGGGAAUUCCACUGCCUAGGAAUUAGAAGCAAAAAAGGCAAUGGACAACAUGUACUAUUUGGGUACUACACAAAUACAGCAGGGAAUGGAGCGAGUCGGCUUAAAACUCCGAGAGCCAAGGGUACAAAGUUGUAGUGGUACAUGUAAAGGAGCAGUUUUUCUAUCUGCAGUAAAUGUCUUUGGUCUUGGAUAGUCAAAAGAACAGACUUUAUAGGUGAUGAUGGUAGGAGGGGGAAAAAGCUAAUAUUGAAGAACUGUCUACAUUAAUUAAAGUUGAAUUUAAGUUCAGUGUUCUGCUACUCCAAACCACUGGAGUCUGCAUGUAAAGUCUGUAAUGUGUUUUUUUUUGUUUGUUUUAUUAUCGUAAUUCACAA